GGAGAAAAUAGUUUUUUCUUUUCUUUUAAUUUGAUUCUUACUAUGGGAGGUUGGACAUCCUAGUCAUUCUGCUCUUUUCCUUAUCUUCAUGAAUCAGUGAUGCAUCCAAAGGGUCUCAUCUCAGUUCAUCUUUUUUCAGAGAGGCACAGGUGCUAAGGAAGUAGUUACUAAUUGGCAUUAGAAAUCAAGUUGUAUCAGUUUCCAGCUGUAAAUACAGGUAGUCCUCGACUUAUGACCACAACUGAGCCUGGAAUUGAGCUGCGGCAUCCUUGCAAUUGGUGGUAAGGGUGGGCAAAUUGCCAAGAGCCCAAAUUUUGCUCAUGUGACCACAGUACCUGUAGUAACAAAAUGAUAGCACCUAGUUUCAAAGCCAACACUAGCUAAUAAUGGACCAAUAUUAGUGGACCAAUAUUUAAGUUUGUGGCAAAAUGGCAUAUUAAAAGUGUGAUUUUAAAACCAAUUUGCAGCUGUAUUCCGAGACUACUGUGUUACUGCCAGGCCAUCUGAUGCAAGGCAAUGAUAGAGUAGACAGAUCCAUUGAUUGCUUUAGUGUACUUUGCCAACAGCUGCUGUGUAUAAAUCACAUGAUUUCCUGAGAAACGCUGAAUGCCAGCUUUGAUUUACAUUUUGAGAAUAUAACAUUUUUGAGAUACCCAGUUACAAAUGUUAGAUAGCAGAAGAGAGCCGGAGAACACAUACAAGCAAUUAUUUCUUUCCAAGAUAAUUAUUCCAAUGUUUUCCUAGAAAAACAGGCCUCAUAUUACAUAGAUAGCACAAUUUUGCUCUUAUUGAAAUUGCAUCUUAAAUGUUGACAUGUUACUCCAGUUUUGUUCUCUUGCUCCAUUGUCUAUCUUGGUCUCUGAAUGUUAAAUGUAAUCAUGUAUUGCAAUUUUAACUGAACAUUCUACUUAGAACAAAAAAUGUAUGGCAAAGCAAUACUACACUGUGAUUUCUUCAUGCACCCAAUUUUUUGUUUUGUACCACUAGUGGGGAACACAGAGAAUAACUGCCUUGCUAAGUGCAUCAUAAAUCAUAUAGGACUGAAGUCUAUAUGGCUGUCUUGCAUUUACUUUGGGAAUUAUUCAUAUAACACAUGGAGGGCAUCAGUUCCAUUACACUGUAUUCCACCAUGACAUCAUGGGUAUUGAAGUAGAAUAUAUCUGAAGCAUACCAGCUUGGGGAACUGUUUCAAUAUGUCUCUUUGCAAAAUGGUCUGUUGUGAGGCAAAAAAAUGUAGGAGCUCACCUGAAAGCAUUUUAUUACUAUAUAUAUUGGGUCAUUGAACUAAUUAUUUGUAUAAUCACUUCUGGAAUCAAUAGACUGCCUUCCCCCAUCCCCACUGAUGCUUAGUUUGAGGCAUUUGGUUUGGGGAAGACUUGAAGGAGAUUUGCACAACAGAAAUAACUAGAAUCUUUAGAAAAAUAAUAGGGAACAUAUAUGGAAAGCAUGUUUUUCUCCUGAACAAACUUCAGGAGAAACAGGAAAAAAAUACACAACAACACCAAGCCAUCUGGGGCCUUUUUCCCCUGCAGAAAUAGUUGAACAUUAUUGCAUUCUACAUGCACUCGCUGUUCCCUCCCUGGUCUUCUGUGCUACACUGCUCACAAGUAGGACACUGUCUUGCCUGGGCUUCCAGCUGCUGAUUGCUUUGAUUUCUGUGGAGAAAAUGCAAUCCUUGUCUUCUUUCAAAGACAGGGAAUAGCGUCCUUUCCUCCAGGGAUUGAAGGGGGGGGGGGAGAGAGGAUCGUGGCUUUGGUGUUUGCUUGAGCUACAUCUCUCAUAAUACAGAUGUGCCUGACCACAAGCAUCCUCAAAAGUCACGAUUUUUUUUUUAAAUCCCAGAGGUAAAGAUGUCUCGACCUCUGCCAGACAGCAGCUCCUCAUUAAGGGGACUUUCCGGGCUUCAGAGGAAAGAUCACGGGGCUACGUGGUGGUGGGUCCAAUCUUUGCUUCCAGGAGAAAAACGGUUUUGGGUCGCUGUGUCCUUACGGUAUUUAUCUACGUAUCCAUCUCGACCCAAGAUCUAAAUGUGCCCUCUCGGCCGUCCGGGUAAGGAGGUCGCUGUUGCCUCGAGGAUCCGAGCGGCCCCUCGGGCGCCUCACUCCGCCUUUUGUUCCCAGACCAUGCGCGUCACCGUCUUCGCAGCUGGGCGGGGAUACCGACGACGAGGAGGAGGAGGCCAACAGAGGAACUGUUGCUGCUUGUGGGGCGGUGGAGACGAGCAUCAUCGCGGCGCGGCGGCGACGGAUUAACGGCCAGCCUAAUCUGAUUUCGUCCUCCGAACUGAGCGAGCCUCUCCUGUUGGCGAGCCCGUUGGAACAGCUUGAGCCAUCAGGGGACCCAGCGCGGAAACGGGGGAGGCGGCUUUCCGGCCGGAUCAUGAGCGAUUCCAGCCCCAGACGGCUCCGGAGGGGCCAGUGAGGAGCCGUCCGGGGAUGGCAGCGCCGUGCGAGGAGGAUUCCAGCCAGCGUCUCGCCUCUGCCCCAGCGCCGCUGCCUCCCGCGCAGCCCGAGAGGAAGAAGCUGCAUCGGGCGCCGUCCCCGGCCAGACCCAAGGAUGUGCCCGGGUGGUCGCUGGCCAAGAGCCGGCGCGGCAGCCACCCCGGCUCGCCCGUUUUCUUCCCCGGCAAGUCAGGAGCGGGCGGUGGACACCCGCGCCGGGCUGGGAGCGCCAAGGAUGGCCGCGGCGAGAAGAAGGGCAAGGCCACGCCGCCGAUCGGGUCGCGGGGCGCCGGGAAGGGCUCGGGAGGCCGAGCCGGGGCGAGAGCGAAGGGGCGGAGCCGUCUCCCCGGAGCUGGUGAGGGGGCAGCUGCCUCCGGCGGGGCCGGAAAGGUGCCGUCGGCGCGCUCCCAGCCGCCGCCUGCCUCGAGCCUGACAGACAGCAGUUCGGAGGUGUCGGACUGCAGCGCCUCGGAGGAAGCGAAGGUCCUCUCGCUGCUGGAGCUGGGCGGGCUGAGCGGCGGCGGCAGCAGCGACACCGAGUCCCCACCCAGCAGCAGCGCCCCUGCCCAGCCGGCCAGCGCCUCCGCCGAUGGCGUAUCCCCGCUGCCCGAGGACCUGUCGACGGGGGCCUCGCUGGCCAGUAGCCGCCUCCCUCUCAGCACCUCGCUGGCUUUCUCCGACCUCACCGAGGAGCUGCUGGACGCCGGAGUCGCCAGGGAGUUGGAGGAGCUGCGCUCCGAGAACGACUAUCUCAAGGAUGAGAUUGAGGAACUACGUGCAGAGAUGCUGGAGAUGAGAGAUGUCUACAUGGAAGAAGAUGUCUAUCAGCUACAGGAGUUAAGGCAACAACUGGAUCAAGCUAGUAAGACUUGUCGUAUCUUACAAUAUCGUUUGCGAAAAGCAGAGCGACGCAGCCUUCGUGUUGCACAGACUGGCCAGGUGGAUGGAGAACUCAUCCACAGCCUUGAACAAGAUGUCAAGGUAGCCAAAGAUGUCUCUGCGCGUCUCCAUAAUGAACUUGAAGCAGUGGAGAAAAAACGGAUUAAACUGGAGGAGGAGAAUGAAGACUUGCGCCAACGGCUCAUUGAGAGUGAUUUGGCUAAGCAAGUGUUACAGAAUGAGAUGGACAAGCUUAGAGAGAAUUCUUUAAAGAAAAGGGGAUCACGUUCUCUAGGGAAGACAGACAAAAAAUCAUCUGUCCAGGAAGACAGUGCAGAUCUCAAAUGUCAACUGCAUUUUGCUAAGGAGGAAUCUGCUCUAAUGUGUAAAAAACUAACCAAGUUAGCCAAAGAGAAUGACAGUAUGAAGGAUGAGCUGACAAAAUACCAGUCCUUGUAUGGGGACCUGGAAAGCUCUCUCUCCAUAGAAGAGCUGGCUGAUUCACCUUACUCCAGAGAAGCUGAGCUAAAGGUCCAUUUGAAACUUGUUGAAGAAGAAGCCAAUAUUCUGAGCCGCAGAAUAGUAGAGCUUGAGGUUGAAAAUCGAGGACUGAGGGCAGAGAUGGAUGACAUGAAGGGGCAGGGAGAUAAAGACCUUUUGGGACAAGAUAUCCAGUUGGCUUUCUCCAUGGCAAACAAUGGAGAUUCUGGGGAGAGUGUGACAGAACUCAGGCGGCACUUGCAGUUUGUGGAAGAAGAGGCAGACCUGUUGAGACGUUCAUUGAUGGAGCUGGAGGAACAGAAUAAGCUCCUCAUGAAUGAGCUCAAUAAGUACAAGUCAGAUCAUGAUCUGGAUAUUACUUUAUCUGAGGACAGCUGUUCUGUGAUCAGCGAGACUUCUCAAGAAGAACUGGCCACUGCCAAGGUCCAAAUCAGUGAGCUUAGUGGCAAAGUUAAGAAGUUACAGUAUGAGAACCGUGUGCUACUCUCCAACUUGCAACGAUGUGACCUUGCCUCUUGCCAUACCACCCGACCCAUGCUGGAGACAGAUGCUGAGGCUGGUGAUUCUGCCUUGUGCAUCCCAACCUCGCUUUGGAAAGAAAUUCCUAUUGGGGGAGAAAAUGAUGCAAAGGAGAAAGUACCUAGCAAUGGCUUCAGCAAAACUCAUGAAAGCAGCCCCAACCAGCUUUCCAAAUUUAAAGACUUUGAGACCCUCCUUGACAUCAGAGAUCAGGCUGCUCUUGUCAGCAAAGCUAUUGAUGUCCUGAUUUCUGAUGCCAAUGGCUUUACCUCUAGCCUCAAACUUUGCAUGGACAAUGACUGUGCACAGCUAGUUUUGAGUGAGGCAAUGGACAAUGAGAAUACUACGGACUCUAAGCUGAUCAAUGCUAUUUUGAUGCGGCUUGGAGUCCUGCAACAGGAACUAAACACCUUUAUGAAAAAAGUAGACGGUAUUGGUGGCUGCUUGAAAGAUCAGCAGGAUUCCCUACCAGGUUCCAGCUCCCAGGAUUCCACCAAAGAAGCUCUACGAAAAAGUCAUGGUGCUGAAUUCCAGCAGUCUGACUUUAGGGAGGCCCCAGACUGGGAUGUCGGGGAGAGCAGGCCCUCUGAUCUAUAUCGCAGCAACAGCAGCAGCAGCACUGCCACCAUCAAUUCAGAAGCCAGCAUGGGACAUGACCGGAGCUACAAGUCAUACCAACGAGAAGAGAAGGAUUCUUACAUGUCUGAGAUCAAGGAACUGCAACUAGUUCUUUCUGAAGCUAAUGAGAGUUUGAGGGGCCUACAGGAACAACUUUCCCAAGAAAGACAGCUGAGGAAAGAAGAAGCAGAGAACUUCACACAAAAAAUCUGCCAGUUUCUUCCCAUGUUUCAUCAGUUAAAGGAUGAUCACCAGAAGGCCCUCCUGAGAAGAGAAUUUGAGCUGCAGAGCCUGAACCUUCAGAGGAGAUUGGAGCAGAAGUUCUGGAGCCAGGAGAAGAACCUUCUGGUACAAGAAUCCCAACAGUUCAAACAGAAUUUCCUGCUUCUUUUUAUGAAGCUCAAGUGGUUUAUGAAGCAUUGGAGACAGGGGAAAACCUUGCAAAAUGAAGGCAGUGAUUUCUUGGAGGUGAAUAGCAUGAAAGAACUAUAUUUGCUGAUUGAAGAAGAAGAACUGAGCCCACAGCAGCAAGCAGAUAAUAAGACAUACACUGGAGAUCUUUGGUCCCAGAACAUGCCCAAUGAAUAUACCAAGACCUUGUCAGAUAUGAAGGUGAUCUUGAAGGAGCUGUGCACAGAACUACGGGAAGAGAGGAGAGGCAUGAACGAACUGCAGCAACAGUUUGCCAAAGCCAAAGCCACCUGGGAGAUGGAGAGAACUGAACUCAAGAGUCUUAUCACUCAGUUAGAAACUAAGACUGGGAAAGGUCCAGCAGAACGUGCUCUUUCUGAGUGGAAAACUGCUCUGAAGAGGGAAAGGGAAGAGCAUCAGCAUCUCCUAGCUGAAUCAUAUAGUGCUGUUAUGGACCUGACCAAGCAACUUCAAAUCAAUGAGAAGAACUGGGACCAAGAAAAGCUGGAACUUUUGGAUCAUUUUAAGGAUGAACAGCAGCAGGCAGAGCAACAGGUGAAAGAACUGCAGAACAAAAUUAACCAGCUUCAGAAAGGUGCCAACCGAUGGGCCUUAAAAGCCUCUGAAAUGGAGAAGCAUGGUGGUAGCUGGAAAGAGACCCUCAAUGAGAAAAUCACUGACAAAGAGAUGGCUUCUGAAAUUGAUAUCAAAGGAAGUAAUUUAAAAAGGACAAAGUCAGUUUCCUCCAUGUCUGAAUUUGAAAGUUUGCUUGACUGCUCUCCUUAUCUUCCUGGCAAAAGCAGCACUGUGAUCAUAGACAAUGCCCACAGCAGAAAAGGAUCUCCAACUACACAGAAGUUGCCAGAACCUACUGGGAUCACUUCUGAGAACUUUGCUUGUGUGAACAGUAAGGAACCUACACCCAAGACCCUGGCUUCAGAGAAGCUGGAUGCUUCCCCUUGUGAAUGCAUUCAGACAAAUGACUUACCUACAUUGGAACAGACCCAGAAACAAAUGCAGAGGAGUUAUACAGCUCCAGACAAAACUGGGAUCCGCAUAUACUAUAGCCCACCUGUCGUACGAAGGUUGGAACCUCCUCUAAUGCACAACAGAGACGAGAAGAUCAUGGUUGAGCCUGGUUUUCUAUUCACAAUGGCUAAGCCCAAGGAAGAGUCAAACAGCUCAGAAAACAUGUAUAGUCGAUGGUUGUGUAACUUUUCCAAGCAGCAUCGGGAAUUACUUGAUGGCAGUGCUGUUAGUGAGAAAGCUGUAGCUCCAGUGUCCAAAUUCCCACCAUCCCUGCAUGACCUUGAAAUUUCUGGCAACAUGAGUGAUGACAUGAAGGAAAUCACCAAUUGUGUUCGUCAAGCUAUUCGUUCCAGUUCCCUUGAAAGAAAGGUUAAGAGCACCUCUAGCCAGACAGUGGGAUUGGCCAAUGUUGGUACCCAGACUACUCAGACAGUCAGUAUUGGCUUGCAGACAGACAUACCCAGAGGAAGCAUCCACAGUAGUAAGAGCUGGUCUCCACGAAGUUCCUCCCUUGUGUCAGUGCGUAGCAAGCAGAUUUCAACAUCUCUGGACAAAGUCCAUUCCAGGAUUGAACGGCCCUGUUGCUCUCCCAAAUAUGGUUCUCCCAAACUCCAAAGAAGAUCAUCAUCUAAGCUGGAUAAUUCCAAGGACCGAAGCUUGUGGAACCUCCAUCAGAGUAAGCAAAAUGGCUCCGCCUGGGCUCGGUCCACCACUACUAGAGACAGUCCAGUUCUAAGCAACAUUAAUGAUGGCUUGUCUAGCUUAUUCAAUGUUGUGGAGCAUUCUGGGAGCACAGAGUCCAUAUGGAAGCCUGGAUGCCAGGAAAGUAAAGCCAAGCCAGAAGCACCAAAAUAUGGAAUAGUGCAAGAGUUUUUCCGGAAUGUGUGUGGUAGAACUCAAAGUCCCACUUUGGUUCCUGACAAGAAAGACCCAGUUGGAGGGGACAACAGUAACAAGAAGCCAGAACCUUCCUCAGCAAUGCUCCAGCUUUUGGAAAACACCUCCAAAAAAACUACAAAGCAGAGCUGCAAUGAGGAACCAAAGCUCUCCAGUCUAAGCCAAGGUGGCAAGGACAGAAUCUUAAAGGAAGCUGAUGCUGUUUCUGCUACUAUUGCCAAUGAGGAUAUUGCUUGUGAUUGCAGCUCUCAGUCCUUGACUUCCUGUUUUUCUCGGUCAUCACGUUCAACUGUCCGACAUUCCCCUUCUAAGUGCAAAUUGCAUCCCCCUGAUGGCAGCCGGGUGGAGGAGAAAAUAGGGUCCUCAAGUGAGUGAGAGGAUCUACAACUGAUGACGGAAGAACCAGUCUGCCCUGAAGCUACCAAUCUCUUUGGCAGUUCUAGGACUGGCUGUUCCUGAGCCAGCCACAGCUGAGGAAUGUUGCUCUUUCAUGGUUGGAGCAACAGCUUCUGUCUUCUUGUAGCUCAUUGAGGAGAUCUGACAUACAGAACCUAUAUGGCAUAGCCAGGGACAGAAUGAAAAUCUCUCGUCUCUGGAAACCUUUCUAUUCCUAAUUGGCCACUCACAACAGGAAUUUGAGCAGUGAGAGUUGAAUGCUGUGCUGUGGUUCAUGACGUUGGAUGUUUGGCUGCCUGCGAAUGGGUUUUAUUUCCCAAUUCAAGGAGAUGCCUUUUUUUCAUUUGGGAACGGCAUUAUGGGAAAAGGCAUCAGGGAAUAUUGUGAGCUGAUAUAUUGUGCUGACUGGACUGCCUGCUUAGUCUGUAGGAAAAAAAACCAUCAGAGAUUAAGAGGUGCUGCUUUCAAGAAUCAGAUGCUUAUAACAAGGGGGUGGGGGGGGGAGAGAGAGAGAGUGAGAGAGAGAGAGAGAGAAUAAGCAAGCUGAACACAGAUCAAUUCUGUUUUGUCAUUAUAUUAGGAUGGAUAGCUUUCCUCAGGCACAAUCAGUAUACAACACUAUUAAGCCUCAUACCCAGCCUGCAUUAUGCUAGAUACUGGCCACAUAAUUUUAAUCUAUUGUAGUGGCACCAGCAGUCACACCAGGUCUCAGUAAAAAAAAAAAAAAAAGUUUGUGUGUGUGUGUGUGUGUGUGAGAGAGAGAGAGAGCGAGAGAGAGAAGAUCAGGACAUUUUAUUGUCCAUUUUUAGCAAUCUGCAGCAACCACCAGCACCAGGGAAAACAUGGCGCACCUUGCUUUCCUGGCCCUAUGCAUCAGACUUCCUUUGACAACUGAAAACGGAGAUGGAUUUUCAUCUUUAGGUAGCAGAUCUUUUCUCUUUAGUUUAAAACAAGUAUUAGUCACCGUUUCUGUGCUUGAAUGGCCAGACUAUGGGUAACUCUAGGAAAUUUAAAACCAAGAAAUGCUGAAACUUCCAUGUCUCCACACGGCCUUAUUUCCCUAAUGCAGAUGAUGGUGCUAUAUAGUUCUUAAGAUAAAGUAUUUCAAUUUUUUUCUUGUGGAAAUGUCAGUAUCUUUGAUCCACAGACUUCUAUAUUUUAAGGUGUGGGUAUGAAAUGACAAAAUGCAGACCUGAAUAAGCACAGGCCUGAUGAAACAUUCCAGAUUCUUGGGACAAUUGCAUGCAGCUGUUCACCUUAGGACAGGACAUCUCACAGUCAUCUUACCUAACUCUCCAUUCACUAAACAAGGGGUCCCCAACCUAUAGGCUAUGGCCUGGUCCCAGGCCAUGGGCUCUUGGCCAGUAGGCCUCAGAAAUAGCUGGCCAGUGCACGCAUGCAUGGACGUGCAUUCCCCCCACUCACGCUAGCGCCCGUGGCCCAUUUGCAGGUGUGCAUGUGUGUGAACAGGAAUGGGAAUGCUAGCAAAUGGCAGGUAUCCAUGGCCAGUUUGCGCAUGCACGAAUGGGGGCGCUAGCCUGGGUGAGCCGCUAAUCACCGCCGGGGGUGCAUGGCCAUUCACACAUGUGCAUGGUGCCAGAGCAUGCUGCAUGUGAAUGGGGCUGCUAGUGCUACGCCAGUGUGCGUGGCCCCUUGUGCAUGUGCACCAAUUUUGAAGCUGCUCUCCGUCCCUCCGGUCCAUGAGCCUGGAAAAGUUGGAGACCUCUGCACUAAACAACCUAUUGCCUAGUAUAUCCUUACGUUCCUUUUCUGCAGAGGAUUAAGACAGAAGGAGAAAUAUGAAAUAUCUGAAUUUGUAGCACAGUCCUGUUAAUGCAGACUCAUGUAAGUCUUCUUUAGGGUCCCUAAAACAAAAAGAAGGCAUUUGGUGACCUCAGUACAGGUAGUUCUUGGUUAAUAUCUGUACCUGGGAUAUUGGAAUUUCUAUUGCUAAGCAAUGUGUUUUAAAGCGCAACAUCACAUGACAUUGCUUAGCAACAGCAGUUCUGGCAGUCCCUAGUUACCAUGGUUAAGCAAAGAUCUCUUGUGGGAAGCAGAAAAGGAAGGCUGCAAAUCAUGAACAUGUGAAUGAAUGAAACUUGCAAUGUCAGAAAUCUGGGCUGAUUGCUGAGCACCUGGAUCGCAAUCAUAUAAAUGUGGGGGUGUUGUGCCAGCCACAACUUCAGUUACAACUACCAUUUGUUGUCGCAGGUUUCAGUGGUCACUGAACCUGUAUCACAAACAGCUUCCUUUUGUGUAAUCCCAUCACUUUGUGCAGUAGAAGCGAAAGGUAGAAAUUUCUUCUUUGGAUGGAGAGGGAGAGAACCAGCUGUACCAGCAUUCUGUUACAUGAAAAUACAACUUGUGGGCAGUUUGAUUUCUUCUGUAUAUUACAACAAGGCAGGAUAAAGAUUGCACAGCAUACCUUAUGGAUUCUCUCUAGCCCUUUUAUUAAUAGUUCUGCUCCAAAUCGUUUGACUGGAGGAGGUCACGGCCUUAGAAUGGAGGAGUUGGCAACAUGAGCUGCCCCAAGUUGUGGAUGAAGGUGGGAAGUCACACAAUUCUUUUAAAUAAAUACAUUUUAAUCAAGCAAGCAACUUAAGCUGCUCCCUAAGUGCCUCUCCCAUUAGGACACAUUUGGGGAAUUUCAUCAACCAGUGCAAACCAGCUCAUUUUCAAACCCUUCUGCUGGCUCCCCACCCACCCCAAUUUGGUCUUACUAUGUUCCAUUUUCAGAGAGCCUGGAGUAGAGUGGACAAAAUCUGCAUUGCUCUUACGUAAUUUCUCUCUACUAUUUCAAAUAUCCUGCAUAUAGAAAGCUGUAUGUCAGUGGAAAUUUUAGAAUAAAAUUCUCUCCUGACUUGACAGCUAUUGCAAAUAUGGGAACUUUUGGUUUGAAACAGUUUUCUAAACAUGCUGCAAUCCCCAAUUGCUUUCACAUGAAAAAGGACACAUUUGCUCAUUUCUUACAGAACUGCUCUUGAAUAGAGAUGUAGUCAAACCAUGAUUGGUUAACUUACAGAGAAGAAGAAAAAAACAUUUUUCUGGCUUUUCCCAUUACUAAUUGAGAUAUAGCUUUGGGAAAUCUAAAACUAAGUUGCCUUUCAAAAUCCUAAAUCAUUGCAAACACUUUCUAAUGCUCUUCUUCUAGAAGUUGUGCAAAUUUUGAAUGAUUCUCAGUACAUUGCUUCAUUUAUAUCUUGCACUUCAUAUUUUUAAAUUUUUACUUUACUAUGAGCAAAUGACUUUUGUCAUUUGCAUGACAAAAUUCAGGAGUUUUUAGUCCAGUUCACUGUCAAAAUAAUUAGAAUUUUAGGAAUUAAAAUUAUUAAUGGGUUGCUCUGGGGGGGGGGCAUGCCUGGUAAAUAUUUGCAGUCAAAAUGGCAUAAAAACCCACUCUAAAGUUUCUGCAAUUUAACCUGGAUUUUGUAAGAUAUAAAUGAUGCCGAACCUAUUUAUUUAUUUUACCUAGUUUAUUCUCAAGUAGAAGCCCAAUGGGAGGGUUGUGUAUUGGAAAGUAGGGCCUCUUUCUUAGCUCUUGGAAAACUCUGCUGAGCCAAUUGUCUGUCACCUCAGAGUUUCCAGGAUCACCCAUUCCAUUAUCCACAUCUUUCAAGCAUGUCUUCACUUCCUCAAAGACUUAGACAUUCAUUGCACUGAACAUCCAUUUCAACUGUACCCUUAAUAGGAAUACCAGACCACAGUCCAAACAAGGAUAAUGAUGGAGAUUGUUUCAUCAGAUAUUUGCCCCAUUUUGCAUUUCUCUCUGAGAAGCAGUCCCUAAUAGCUAAAGUGGAGUGUGUAUUUUGUGUAUUUUUCUACUACAAAAUCAUUUUUGAGACUUGGAAUUCUAUGUGAGUUAGAUUCUCAGAUAACAUCAGGGCAGUUGUUUUGGUUCUCCUGAAUGUUCUACAGUAAUCCGUUCUGCAAUUCCCUGCCCCCACCAAAUAUUAACUGAAAGAGAGGAAGACUCAAUUCAUGCAGUAAUUUAGGAACAGAUUGUUCUUCUGAAACUCCGUUAGGGGUAUCUAAGAGUUUUCUUGCUUAGUUUUUGGCCACUGAUGGCUACCUAUUCUUCUUGCAGUUUACUUUCCUAUUUGGACUCAAAGGUCUAGGUUAUUGUUCCUAAUUAGGAAGGUACUUUAGAAAGUGUAAUCUGCAGCUUCAGCUGUGUAUAUUGUCUCAGAAAUAAGUGGAUGUCAUGGAAUUUACUUGUGAGUAAAUUUACUAUAUUAUAGCUGAAGAUGAAAAAUGGAAACAAAAUAAGUAGGGAAUUUGACAAAUUCAUACCAGGUAGCAUGAAUCUUGAAUUCAAGCAGAAAGGUGAAAUUAACUUGGUUAAUCUGUUUCUAGCUGAUAUCUUUAUUAUUCCAGGACCCUGCCUAUCGUUGGUCAGACUCACUUAACAGUAGUAGAAGGAAAAAAGAAGCUACAACCAAUCAACUGUGUUUCAUUUUUUCCUCCAGCCAUUAUCUGUCUUUAAACAUAUAUUAAUCAUGAUGUUUAUUUGGUAUUUAAAAGUAACUCUUCAAUCAUGCUUUCUAAUUGAACAGCUUAUGUUCUGGAGAGAACUAUAGCUGAGGAAUUCCUUUAUAACACUGAAAGAGUUUCUUUAAAUAAUGACAAACUCUAAAUUUGCAUAAGGGUUGAUGAACCAGAUAGAAGAUAACUAAAAUGAUGGAUUUUCAGAUGUAGAACAGCUAGCAGCAAUAUUGCACAUUAGUGCAUAAAUUAACAUUUUUCUCAGGGAAGGCAACCAACUCCUAAUAUCAAAGUGGGAGAUUCUUUCAAAAGAUUAGAAAGGGUAUUGAGGGGAAUCCAAAUAAAAGUAACACUGCCAAAUGCCUUUAGGUAUCUUUGGAUAAAAGUCAGUGUUAUUUGCAAUGGAUGCUGCAAGUCAUUGCCAGUUAAACAGUAGUGACCUCAUGAGCAUCCAUGGGGAGGGAGGGUCAAAGAAAAGGCAAGGGAUUAAACUGCAAACAUUGCAACCUAACAUAUUUUUAUCAGAUAUUGGACUGCAAGCACCAUCCCAGUGGAAUUUGCAUCAAGGUUUUCAUUGUGGCUUGCUAAACUGUGCUAGUAAGCAUGUAACGCUCCCUAAGGAAACCACCAGCAUUAUGUUGCUUACACUCUAGUUCCUGUUUUACCUUAAUUGCAUUCACGUGCAAAAUAAUGUGAUAUUUUCUGUAUCUAACUUAAAACAUAAAUAGCUUUGGAUAUUCUGAAAUGAAUUUUUAUUGAGUACUAGAAAGCAAAACCAGAAUAAUGUGCAGCUAAUGAGGAAUAGUGGGCCAAAUCCAAGGGAAUUGCAUCAGAGAAGAACUUCAAGUUCAUGAUCCUAUAUUCUCCAGUCACAUGAGAUUCAUUAUAUUGGUAUUUAAGUCUUGAGGGCUACAGGCUUACAGCUCAAUCUAAUUAGCUUUAAUACAAAUGAACAGUUAUCUCCUGUACCUGGGUAGCUGAGGAAAAUUCUUUGGCAGGCCAGCAAGUUCCAUGCAAAUCUCACACCUAUGGCCUUGUUCUUUAUCUACGCCCAGUUGAAGGUAUGUUCUAAUUGCUACUAGAAAUCUAAUAGCUAUUGACACCUAGGCUGAACCUUCUUCACCAAGCGCCUACUGUUCCAGGAAAACAAUGAUAUUGUCCACCUAGUUCUUAAUGUUGUUUAUCCACAUACAAUACUGGGUGGAGGCUGGCCCCAUUUUCAUAUGAAGUACAGCACACAAAGCGGACACUAGCAACUAACCAAUAACAACCCAGCCUAGAUAGCUUUUCUAGGGCAGCCUCUUUCUCUUUGCUGCAUGAAUUUGUAAAUCGGGGAGCAAGGGAUAGAAUUUACAAUGAUUGCUAACUUGUGGUGUAAAUAUUUCUUUUGGGGGUGGUUUUUAGUGUUUUCAUUGGGAACCUCUUUUUUACUUCUACUUUGGGGACUGUUUUUUCUGUUUGUUUUUGUUUUUAUUUUUAUCAAUGCCUUUUAAUUAUUUGUAAAUUUUAAAACUUUGUCUUAUUUUGUAAAUAAUUGUUCUGAAUAUUUCUGAAUAUGGAGUUAAUGGAACCUGAGACAUUUUUGUCAUUUACAAGUAACAACCCUGUGCCUCAGACAAGAUUUGUUUAGCAUCCCUUUUGCCAAUAAAGUCUGAAUCACCAA